UAUAUAUAUAUAUAUACACUUUGUAUACGGUGAAUAUAUUUCGUCUUAAAAAUCUUUUAAAAUGCCUAUGUGUAGUGCAAUUGGAUGCAAAAAUAAAAGCGAUAGUUCAAAAGGGAAAAAUAUUCAAUUUUUCUCUUAUCCAAAGGAUGAAGAAACUGCAUUAAAAUGGAUGCAAGUUUCAAAGAAAAAAAAAGUUAACCUGAAAAACGCUCGCAUAUGCUCUGUCCACUUUACACCAAGCUGUUAUAAACCAAUGCCAGCUUAUUUAGUAAACUGCGAAAACUACUCGCCUAAGAAGAAACUUCGUGAUCAUGCAAUUCCAACAGAAAAUUUGCCACUAGUGAAUGGAGAAGUGCUGAAGGAAGUGCAAAAUCAACAGAAUAUGAUAAAUGUUAGUGAAAACAGCAGUAAUUUCUCUUUUAACAGCAAAAACAGGUUUAGUGAGUCUGAGACUAAUUUGAUCGACAUUUUAACGGAAGAUAAAGUAGAAACAUGUUUUGUCCAAUCUUCACAAGAAAAUAUUGGAAGUACAAGUAAUGAUACAAUGAUAAGCACACAAAUAAUAAUUCAAGAUUUGAAAAAGAAAUUAAGUAGAACGAACAAGAAAAACAAUUUGCUUAUGAAAAAAGUAAAACGAUUGCAAACAGAAAAGACAGUUACAAAACGCGUAAUAGAAAAUGUCCAAAAUGCGCUCAAAAAGAUAUUUACUCCGAAACAAAUUGACCUUUUAAUGAAUAAUAAAAGAAAAAGAGUAAAGUGGGGUCUUGAAGACAUAUCUGCUGCAAUAACCUUAAGAAGCAUAAGUCCAAAAGCAUAUCGCUUUUUAAGAGAAAAUCACUACCCGCUACCAGGAUUAUCCACACUUAGGAAUUGGGCAUCUCGCAUGGAGUUAAAAAAUGGAAUUUUAUCUGAAAUUAUUUUUUUAAUGAAGAAAAAAGCGCCAUUGUUGCAGUUGCAUGAAAGACUUUGCGUUAUAUGCUUCGAUGAAAUAUAUAUUUCUCAAAAAAUGGAAAUAGAUAAAAAGAAAGAAAAAGUCAUAGGACCACACAAGACAGUACAAGUUGGUAUGGUCAGAGGCCUAUUUCAUAAGUGGAAACAAAUUAUUUUUUAUGACUACGAUAAACCUCUUAGUAAGAAUAUCGUGAAUAAUGUAAUAUCAGAAUUGUAUGAAGCUACUUACAUUGUAGUUGCUUUUACAUGUGAUUUAGGUCCAACAAAUACUAAAGUUUUGAAUAAUAUAAACGUAGGAAUUGGAAGUUCACAAAAUUCUUAUUUUCAACAUCCAUGUAAUGACAAGUACAAAGUUUUUGUUUUUAACGAUGGACCUCACUUGUUAAAGUUACUAAGGAAUCACUUUCUGGAUAAUGGCUUUUUUGUAAAUGAAAAAUUUGUUUCAAAAGAUUGUGUAGAAGAAGCUUUAUCCGUAAAUGAAAACAGAGAUUUAAAAGUUCUUUUCACAAUCACUCAAAGACAUUUAGAUGUUUCCGGAUCAAAUAGACAAAAGGUAUCUACAGCUGCUAAACUGUUCUCCAAGACAACUGCACGAGCUAUUUUAUGGUGUGGUAAACAUGGAUUUUUAAGUCAAGAUAAUUAUGAUGUGGCUUCUGAAUUUAUAGAAUUAAUAGAUGCGUGGUUUGAUAUAUUUAACAGUAAAGUAUCCAAAGGAUAUAGACCUGGUAAAGAGCCUUAUGGAUUAAAUUUAGAGCGUCAGAAUGAAAUUCUGAAUAAAGUGACAAAUACAAUGCUUACCAUGAGAGUUGGCAAUCACAAGUCAUUACUCCCGUUUCAAAAAGGAGUUAUUCUAAAUAAUAAUUCUCUUCAACAGUUGUUGCUGUACUUGCAACAAAAUUUUAAUACAACAACUUUUAAAAUAUCUUUUAUUUUAACAAACCGAUUGACGCAGGAUUGUUUAGAAAAUCUUUUCUCUUACCUAAGAUCUAUGGGUGCAACGAAUGACCAGCCAUCAGCCUUGAAUUUUCAGUAUAGAUUAAGAUGGUAUAUCUUACGAAAACAUUCUGCUGAUAUACUUCCUGAAAAACGAAACACUGAAAAAGAUGAGGAUUUUGCCUUGAUAGAUUUCAACGACAGGACAGAUGAAAUGAUGACAUAUGCCUUAGAAUCUACGGUAGGAAAGCAACAAGUUGAAGUUGAUGAAGAAGCUGCUUGCUUUAACGCUGAAUUCAACGAAUUCGAUUUUAUUGAAGAAGGGUUAGACGGUACGGGUGUAUUACUUUAUACAUAGAAUUUAAUUGAAAAAUAUAAUUUUGCGUUAAUAUAUUCCAUUUGCACAAAAUAGAAUAUAUUUAUCGUUUCAAUAUAGUUAAACGUGAAAUAAACAGAUGUAAUCAUUUAUCAUAAUAUUUGUAGCAAAAAUUAAUAGUGAGUAGAAGAAUAUUUGUACUUAUUACAUUAUUGAGUUGACAUUUUGCAUUUAAAAAUCAUGCAGCUUCGACGGAAAAGAUUAUCCUCUAUAGAGUAUAUAUAAUACAGGAUUGAAAUUAACAUAAUUAUACAUUCUUAUUUUAUAAGUACAU